AUAAAAUGGGUAUUCCUACUAUUAAGAAGUGCUGCUGCUGCGAGCUGAAAUGGGGAGCUCUUAUUGCCUCCAUUGUGGAUUUGAUUUUGGUGGCAGCAGUUGCAUUCGACUGCAAACAUUUUGCUAGCUCAGGGAGCGCUAUGGAAAUUGUUUGGAUUGUCAUCUUGGUUAUCCACAUCGCUCACAUUGUUGGCUGCAUUUUAGUUAUGGUUUCUAUUUGUAAGCCGAACAAGAACUUAGUUAUUUGUUACUUAAUAACUGGGAUAAUUCGCUUCAUUCUUGACAUAAUAGUACUAAUAUAUUUUAUAAUCAAAACUGAAUUUGAAUAUGUUAUCACCAUAUGUCUUAUAUUAGCUGGAAUUGGUCUUGCGGUCUACUUUUGGAUUAUUAUCUACUCAUGGUACAAGAAGCUCGGAGGCUCUACUCCAGUUGAUUAAUAGCCCUAACUACCAAUUCUUAACUCACUUCAAAAUCAAAAGGUCGUAAAUCUAGAUAUCUUUGAAAUUUUUUUGGCAGGAAUAGAAAACUUUAUACAUUUGAUUAAAUAGAAUGGGGUGUAUAAUUAUGAAAUGCUGCUGCUGUGUCCUAAAAUGGGGAACUCUUACUGUCGCUAUUAUAGAUAUGAUUAUGGCGGCUGCAGUUAUUUUAGAAACAAAAUACUUAACCUAUUAUGAAGACUGGGAAGACCAGUCGAUCCACGACGAACCCAAUAAUAAUAUUGAAAACAACUACUACGGACCUACCUACUAUGUUUGGAUGCUCACCUUCGUUAUCCACAGCGCUCAUUUGGUUGCCUGCGUUUUGGUUAUAGUUUCUGUUUGGGUGCAAAUUAAAAAAUUGGUUUUUGCGUACUUAAUAAUAGGCAUAAUUCGCAUAAUAUAUGACCUCAUAUUUCUUAUUUAUAUUUGCAUAGAAGUUGGUGCAGUAAUUUUUACCUUGUUGCUUAUCUUGGCUGGCUUCGGUGUUGCAAUAUACUUCUGGUUCGUCGUCUACUCAUGGUCCAAGAUGCUCAAAGGUUCAAGUCAAGUCGAUUAAGUCUGUACUUAAGUCGCGGCUUGAAUAACAGAAAAUGGCGACACUCAGAAAUCAAAAUUUCACGUGUUUAAAAUAAAUGUAAAUAAAAAUUAAAAAUUACAUAUUUUUUAAA